ACAAAUGGUGGACGUAUUCUGGCUGCGUGCGUCAUCUUCUGAGGCACGCCCCCCCUGCUGGUGCAGCAAGAUGGCGGCCGCCUACCUGAGCCACCAACAGAAGGUGCUGCGGCUGUAUAAGAAGUCUCUGCGGCACUUGGAGUCCUGGUGUAUCUUCAGGGACAGGUACCGUUACUUUGCUUGUCUGCUGAGAGCUCGCUUUGAGGAUCACAAGGAUGAGCGAGACAUGGUGAAAGCCACCAAUCUGCUGAAGUCUGGAGAGGAGGAAUUCUGGAAGCGGCAACACACUCAGCCCUACAUCUUCCCUGACUCCCCCGGAGGAACUUCCUACGAGAGAUACGACUGCUACAAGGUGCCGCAGUGGUGUCUGGAUCAUUGGCAUCCGUCUGAGAGAGCCGAGUACCCCGACUACUUCACCAAGAGGGAGCACUGGAAGAAGCUGCGGGAGGAGAGUUGGGAAAAGGAGGUGCAACAGUUGCUGGAGGAGACGCCCAAUGCUGGUCCCAAGACUGAAGCUUUGCCUCCAGCCCGGAAGCCCGGCCAUCUCCCUCCAUUGUGGUGGCAGUAUGUGACUCGGCCACGUGAGCGCCCCACAUAAAUGGGUGGAGCCUAAAAACUGAUAUUUCACCCUGCAGUCGAUUUGAGUUUUAAUUGGAUCUGAUAUACUAAUUAAGCAUGUAAUAAAUAACUACAAGGACAA